UUUUUCCCCCAGCUCAUUUGCCUACAGGUGUUUCCAUUGGACUGUCCUGGAGUAAUGCAAAGUCAGGCAAAUGGUGUUGGAGUGCUGGAAAAAACCCACCCUUUGAGUUGUGUUCCAGAGGAGAUACGAAACAAUGGAGCAGACCUUCAGGGCCGUGACCCACAGUCCUGGGAUCAUCAUCUGGAGAAUAGAGAAAAUGGAGCUGGCACCGGUCCCAGAGAAGUUCUACGGAAACUUUUACGAGGGUGACUGCUACCUUCUGCUCUCAACCCAAAAGGUGAGGCGCUCUCUGCGCUAUGAGAUCCACUACUGGAUCGGCUCGCAGUCCAGUCAGGACGAACAAGGAGCAGCUGCUGUUUACACAAUACAGCUCGAUGAGUUUCUGGGCUCCACUCCGGUCCAGCACAGGGAGGUUCAGGAUCACGAGUCUGAUCUCUUCAAGGGCUACUUCAAACAUGGCAUAAUCUAUAAGGCGGGUGGGGUGGCAUCCGGCAUGAGACAUGUGGAAACCAACACCUGCGACGUAAAGAGACUCCUCCAUGUCAAAGGCAGGAAGCGGGUGAUCGCUCGGGAGGUGGAGCUGAGCUGGGACAGCUUCAACCUGGGUGACGUGUUUUUGUGUGACAUCGGAGCCACUAUCAUCCAAUGGAAUGGGCCUAAGAGCAACAAUCAGGAAAGACUCAAGGGAAUGUUGCUGGCCCGAAACAUUCGAGACGAGGAGCGAGGAGGCCGCGCGGAGAUCAGGGUGGUCGAGGCUGAAAACGAGAGGAAGUCUCCAUACAGCAUGCAUCUGCUGACCCAAGUUCUUGGAGAAAGAACCUCAGAUGUCACGGACGGACCUGCGGAUGACACAGUAGACCCGGCACAGAUGUGUCAACUGACUCUUUACCACUUGUCCAAUGCUGGUGGACAGAUGAAGACCACAGAGGUCUCCACCAGGCCUCUGGUUCAAGACCUCCUCAACCAUGAGGACUGCUAUGUCCUGGACCAGGGAGGGGUGAAGAUAUUCGUAUGGAAGGGCAAGAAAGCCAACAAAGCUGAGCGACAGGCAGCAAUGGCCAGAGCCCUGGAGUUUAUCCAAGUGAAAGGCUACCCGAUCACUACCAAUGUGGAAACAGUGAACGACGGAGGAGAGUCGGCGCUCUUCAUGCAGCUCUUCAAAAACUGGACCGUGAAGGAUCAGACUGUCUCCCCGCUUAGCAAGGCGCGCAUGAGAGGCAGAGUCGCCCGCAUCUCUCAGGAAAAGUUUGAUGCCACCCUGUUGCAUUCCAAGCCUGAGAUCGCAGCAGAGGAACGUAUGGUGGACAACGGCGGGGGUGAAGUGGAGGCGUGGAGGGUCGAGGAUUUGGAGCUGGUCCCAUUGGAUCCCCAAAGUUACGGCUACUUCUACGGCGGCGACUGCUACUUGAUCCUCUACACGUACCUUGUUAACAACAAGGAACAUUAUCUGCUCUACAUCUGGCAGGGGCGACAUGCUACGACAGAUGAAUUGGCAGCCUCGGCGCUACAGGCCGUGCAUCUGGACCAGAAGUACGGAGGAGCGGCAGUUCAAGUCAGGGUCGCCAUGGGCAAAGAACCAAGACAUUUCCUGGCUAUCUUCAGAGGGAAAAUGGUCAUUUUCGAGGGUGGCACCAGCAGAAACAGGCCCUCUGACCCGGAGCCACCCGUGAGGUUGUUCCAGAUCCAUGGUUGCGACCCGUGCAACACAAAAGCCAUUGAGGUUCCAGCUCUGGCCUCGUCCCUGAACUCCAAUGAUGUGUUCAUGCUGAAGAGUCAGUCUGGACUCCAUCUUUGGUGUGGGAAGGGAUCCAGCGGAGACGAGCGAGCCAUGGCCAAGGAGAUCAGCUCUGUGAUUGGCCAGAACUCCCAGAACGGCUGUGAGGAGAUUAUAGCUGAAGGUCAAGAGCCCUUUGCGUUUUGGGAACUUCUCGGCGGAAAGACUUCGUAUGCAAAUGACAAAAGACUCCAACAGACGACUCUGGAGCACCACCCACGCCUCUUUGAGUGUUCCAACAAGACCGGUCGCUUCCUGGUGACAGAAGUGGCUCAGUUUACGCAGGAGGACCUCUUGGAAGAUGACGUCAUGCUCCUGGAUACCUGGGACCAGGUCUUUGUUUGGAUCGGUCAACAAGCCAAGGAGUCGGAGCGUAAAGACGCAAUAGCUACCUGCCAGGAGUACCUGCGCACUCAUCCGGGCGGCCGAGAUCCAGACACACACAUCAUCCUCAUCAAGCAGGGGUUUGAACCGCCCACCUUCACGGGGUGGUUCCUGGCGUGGGACUCCUCCAAGUGGAGCGGAGGACAGAGCUACGAGGAGCUGAGGCAGGAGCUGGGAGAAGAGGCAGAGCCAGUCAUUGUCACCGCUGAGGAGAGCGAGCCAGAGGAGGAGGAAGUCUUUCCAACGUUCUCUGCAGAAUCUUUGGUCAACAAGCCAACCAGCGAGCUACCUGAGGAUGUGGACCCGGCCCGGAAAGAGAAGUACUUGUCUGACUCGGACUUCAGCGCCAUAUUUGGGAUGAGCAAAGCAGACUUUGCCGGCCUUCCACGCUGGAAACAGCUCAACAUGAAAAAAAACAAAGGGCUGUUUUAGAGUCUCACUUAAGCCCACUCACGUAGCUGGUCAUUUCACUUACAGACUGGUUUGUGCGAA